CCGGCGGCUCAGAUCAAAGACUACCUGGGUCUCCGCCGUUGCAUCUACGGGGUGCUCGCAGUCAUCUGCGUUUUGCAGACGGCACUGCUAGUGACCUUCACCCUACUGCACGUGCGCAAGCAGCUUGAGUUGCAGGACAACCUGUACAACCUCAAGCAACGUACCAGCUGGUUAGUCUCCUGUGGACUGCCCCAGCAGGAUCCAGGUCCGGGAGACGAUAGGCGGGAUCCGCAUGAACGGUCUUCACGCCAAGUCUCGGGAAGUUUAACCAUCUCACAGUUCAUUGCGGAACAGGAAGCCAUACUGGAGAGACACUGCACCAAUGAAAGUAAACUAUGCAUCACAGGCCUGAAAGGAGAACCAGGGUUAAAUGGAGCUCAAGGUCGUCAGGGCCUUAAGGGUGUCCCGGGUGAUGACGGUGAACAGGGCAUAGCCGGCCCUCCAGGCGCAGCGGGUGUACAAGGGUUCGAAGGUGAAGACGGUCCUCCAGGGACACGAGGCGAACCGGGUAGCACCGGGCCACCUGGUCUUAAAGGAGAAGUGGGCUCCCAAGGGGCCAAGGGGGAUCCAGGCCUCGCGGGUGCACAAGGCAGAGCAGGGGUCAAAGGUCUCCCAGGGGCUAAAGGCGACGUGGGUCUGCCGGGACUGAUCGGGGUCCAUGGAGCAGCAGGGUCACAAGGUUCAAAGGGCGACCAGGUGUUCAGGGCCCGCCGGGCCUCCAAGGACCACAAGGCGCGAAAGGAGAACGUGGAGAUGUGCCAAACAGACCGUGCCCUUGCUUCUCCCGUCCUGUGGCACAGAGUGUCACGACCUUUGACCGCCAAGCCUUGUCGGGAGCGAGGUGACGCUGAGUUGCCCAGUGACUGGCUCACCGGCUCCAACGAUCGAAUGGUCGAGAAAAAAUGGCGGCCUACCCGCAGACGCUGUCAGGGUGGGAUCGCAGUUGAUCAUCAACAGCAUGUCGUUGGCCGACGUGGGCGAGUACACCUGCACUGCAAGCAACCUGCUAGGUCAAACUGAGGUCACGUUCAACGUCAGUCUCUUCGAUCUCAACUGCAAUAUGGAGAAUGGACUGUGUGUGUGGUCACAGUCCCACACUGACCAGAUGGACUGGACGGUCCACAGCGGGGGCACGGACACCCUACUCACCGGCCCGAGAUCAGACCACACCCUGCAGACCCGGCGGGCAAGUACCUGUACCUGGAGACUGACCAGGGCCAGAGGUACUCCGCCGAACUCACCUCUCCUGUCCUGUCAUCUGCCUCCUCUCUGUGCCUGCACUUCUGGUACAACAUGUAUGGCUCUGGCACUGGAACCCUGUCCCUGCUCACUAGGGAUACGAACGGCGACGAGACGCAGCUGUGGACAAAGUCUGGUAACCAAGGCCUGGGAUGGGCGGAGGCCAGCGCCACUGUCCUCUCCCCUGUUGGGCUCCAGAUCAUCAUCCGGGCCACACGGGGCGCCAACAACACGGGAGACAUCGGCAUCGACGACAUCACCGCCACCCCAGGCGUGUGCAUCCAGUCAGCCAACAGCCUCAGCUGCGACUUCCAGUCAAACUUUUGCGCGUGGACCGUGGAGUCGCCUCAGUGGAUCUGGACACAGCAUCAGGGUCCUUCCGGCAAGACUGACACUGGACCGAAAGCUGAUCACAAUGGAGAAGCGACCAAGUACUACGCUUACCUGAACGGAGCGGGAGCGGCAUCUGCCGGUGACCGAGCCAGUCUGUCGUCGCCGUUUAUCCAGCCGACGAUGGAGGUCUGCGUGGACUUCUACUACCACCUGUACGGCUCCGGCGAGGGGUCGCUGUCCCUCAGGGUCAAGUACCGUGACGGGAAGGAUGUCUUGCACUGGCAAAGGACAGGUAACCUCGGUCAGGCUUGCAGCAUGAGCAGAUAACUAUUCCGAGUACACUCUCUGCCUACAGCCUCACGUGGGAGGCAACCCGAGGGCCACCGAGUCCAGUGACAUCGCCUUGGAUGACGUCAGAGUGUCCAACGGGCCGUGUCCCGUAAGAGCUUCCAUAGGAGCUUUGGGCUGCGAUUUCGAGAUGGCCACCUUAUGCAGCUGGAAGCAGGGCAGUGAUGACAACCUGGACUGGGAUCUGCAAGUGGCCAACGCCGGCAGUCUGGUGGAUGGCCCAAGCGCUGACCACACCUUGAUGACAGGUCAAGGCCAUUACAUUACUAUGGCCCAUCACACUGUGAUUAGCCAGAAAGCCAUCCUGGAGUCCCAGAACUUGAACACGGGUGUCGCCUACUGUCUGCAGCUGUGGUACAUGAUACCCACUGCGUCAUCGGGAAAACUCAUCAUCUACAGGGAGAGCGGGGGACAAUCGACUACCGUAAAACUAUAUCCGGCGCAUACCCGCAGUGGACUCACCUGUCGGUAGGCACGUUCCGAGCCAGACGACUGUGUUUUCGAUGGUCAUUGCCGGUUUCACCGGAAGUGCAAAUGUCCCUCCCCUGUCCGUCGAUGAUGUGUCCUUGAUGCCUGGAAUGUGUCCUAAAUGAAGGGUCAACGCGAGGCGUUAAUAUUUGUCGGUCAAGCAACAAAAAAUAAAGUAAAUGAACCGGAGAAAAUAAAAAUAUGUUUAAAAAAAU